UGUAAUUUGAAAAUUUGAUGGAGAGUAGUGUGCAUGGUUUAUUGAAUUUUAAGUAUGUUAUAAAUGAUGUUUAGUUUAUUCCUUUUUCUUUAUUUGUUCGCUGGAAUCUUCUGCUGUUUUCUGUUUCGUUGAUGAUUAAUUAUUAGGUAUGUCAAGAACUCAUUGCCAAGGUUUUAUGGCUGUGACCGCAUCUUAUUUGAUGAUUACUAAAUUGAUUUAUUUUUGCUUCAUUUUUAUAUCUGAUUCAAGAUGUUGGAAAAAGAAUUGGUGGUGCUGAAGUUUCGUUUGUUGACAUGUGUUGAUUGUUAACAUUUUAUAGUAUGUGCAUUGGUAAUUUAUUAUGAGUUUAUGUGUUACUUUGACAUUGCUCUCAUGAAUCUGAGGUAUAGAUAUGACCAAGCAGUGGAAUCAAGAGAUAAAAGAAGGAAGGUAUGGAUCUGAGCACAACACUUGGUUAUACUCGUGGAUGCUUUCAAACCUCUCGAAGAAGAGAAAGUUGCUUCAGCCAAUCUCAAGUCGCUAUGGAAGAAAGUUUAGGAAAAUUUGAAGACUAAGGUAGCUGGAGAUGCUGCUCCUGGCGAUGUUUAGAUUCUUCUUACUUCUAAGGAACAUUCUGUUUCAAUGAGAUCUCUUGUGGUGAGUGGAUUUUACGUGAGCUUGAUCAUGCAGGAUGAAGGUUUGGAUGUGAUUGUAGAAGGAUUGGAUACUUUGAAAAACAUGGCACACGAUAUGAAUGAGAUUUUGGAUGGUGGAAGGCAUGGAAAACCUUUGGAUUCAAGGAGUACAUGUAAGUGAAAUUAUUUGCUACAUAAACUAAUGGCCAUAGGAGCAUUGAGAUGGAAAAUGAGAAUCUCAGAGAACAAGAAGUAGUUUCAGCCAUAAGCAAUACGUUGAGGCAUUGACUCUGGAAGACAUUUAUCCAUUCAAAGAAUGUUUGUGACUCUGAAGUAGAGGAAGUGACACUUACGCCAAUCAUCACAUUUUAAAAUUUUAUUUGUAUGAAUCUUCUUUAAGAUGAUUGAGAAGCUUUUGCCUCAAACAAUAGAAAAAUGUUUGAGAAGCCAUGCGCCCUAUAAGUUCUUUUAUUACUACUUACUUUGGAAGUUCAAGUUCACAAAGGGCAAAAAGAAGAUGUUUGAGAAGCCAUGCACCCUAUAGUUUUUUAUUACUGCUUACUUUGGAAGUUCAAGUUCACAAAGGGCAAAAAGAAGAAUUUCUUCACUUAACCACACCACAAAAUCAUACCAUCGAAAAUCAAGUUCACAACAAAGAGCAAGAAGAAGCACCUCUCCUUUUAACUAAACCACGACCGCACACCAUUGAAGUUGAAGUUCACAACAAAGACCAAGAAGAAGAACUUCUCCUCUUAAUCACACCACAACCGGACACCAUGGAAGUUCAAGCACACAAAGAGGAAGAACAAGCACUUCUCCUCCAAACAUGUGCACUCAAAAUAAAUGACAAAGAAGAAGAACACUCUCCGAAACAAGGACAAGAAGAAGUACACAUGAAGGAAAGUGAUUCUCUACCUCCUCCUCCACCACCACCACCACCAUCGCUGCAUGAAGUGGAAGCAAUUCUAGAAUACGAAUUUAAGAACAUACUAUUGCUAGAAGAGGCUUUCACUCACUGUACUUACGGUGCUGAGAAUGGCUUAUCUUAUGAGCGUUUGGAAUACAUAGGUGAUUCAGUUCUUAACCUAAUGAUAACAACGGAACAAUUUCAUGCAUAUCCAACGCUGGCACCAGGUCACUUGACCCGUUUACGUGCUGCAAAUGUCGACACUGAAAAACUUGCACGUGUAGCCAUCAAAUAUGGUUUACAUCGUUAUGUGCGUCACAAAAAGCCACUGCUUGGAGACGAAAUUCAAGCAUUUAUCAAAGAGGUGGUUGAAUAUCCUUUACACUCCAAUGGACUAAUUGAUGUUCCUAAAAUUUUGGCUGAUAUUGUUGAGUCAACCAUCGGUGCAAUCUUCGUUGAUUGUGGCUCAUCCAUCGAAACUGUGUGGAAGUUUUUUAAAAAGCUACUCGUACCUGUAAUUGAUCCCCACACUAUUCAAAGGCAUCCCAGCGCAGAGCUUAAUGAAUUUUGUCAGAAGAGAGGUCUCAAGUUGCAAUUCAGAGAUUUGUGGAAAGUAUCUGAGAUAGUUGAAGUUCUUAUAAGUGAGGAAUUGGUUGGAAGUGGCAAGUGUGGCUCUAAGAAAGAAAUUGCACACAAUAGGGCAGCAAAAAAUGCUUUGGAAUAUAUGAAAAGAAAAUUUGGUAUAAGUACAUCUACAAGAGAUGAUGCUACCGAAGAUUUUGAUUCUCCUCCUAGAUGCAAUGGAGGUCCAGCUGCUAUCGAAGAUUUAAGUUUUCCAUCUAAAUAUAAUGGAGGUUCAGAUGCUACCGAAGAUUUAGGUUCCCCUUCUAAAUGUAACGGAGGUCCAGAUGCUACCGAAGGUUCACAUAAGUGCAACGGAGGUCCAAAUGUUACUGAAGAUUUAAGUUUCAUUCCCAAGUACAACAUAGGUUUAGAUGCUAUAGAAGAUUUAGGUUCCUCAGCUAAGUGCAAUGGAGGUCCAGAUUUUAAUGAAGAUUGAUGUUUAUGUUAAUAGUUAAUUUGAAUAUUUAUUUGUUAGGUUAUCACUUAAUAGUGAGUUGCAAUAUGAAAGAUUCUUGGGUGCGCCCCAAUCAAGAAUUUCUCAUGCAGUAUUCUUAACUAGAACAAUCAAUUAUAUAUAUUUUCCUUUUGAGAGAA